AUGGGCGACUACGACCGCACUCAAUCGCUGGACGCUGGCGUCGCAGAUGGACCAUCAAAAUCCCAAUUCAGACCUGCGCCUUCCCCCUCUGGAUCCAAGGUUCCGCUGUACAUGCAGAGCUCUGACGGCAAGCAUGUGCUUGUGAGAAGAGUGCGGCGAAAGGAGGAUGGCUCGUGGAAACAUUUCGCCCGCUGGUUUGUUGAAAAUCAGAUCAGCCUCUCCUUCAACCUCCUCGCACUCUUAUUCCUCUGCCACAAUUUUAUUCCGAAAGCUCGAGCGCACACCCGCAAAUAUUUCCAACUCGCCUACUAUAAUGCCAAAACCGGCCAGUAUGCUAGUGGGUUCGACGACGCUUAUUUCAUUACUUUCUGCAUUGUCCUCUUUACUCUCCUGCGAGCUGGCUUCAUGGAGUACAUUUUGGCCCCGUUUGCCAGAAUGCAAGGCGUGACGAAGAAGAAGGACCAGAUUCGGUUUACAGAACAGGCCUGGUUGCUUGUUUAUUACAGCGUGUUUUGGGCCAUGGGCGUGUAUAUCUACUGCAAGUCGCCGUAUUACCUCAAUCUGCGUGAAAUGUGGACCGACUGGCCAAACCGAGAAAUGGACGGACUGAUGAAGGGAUAUGUGUUGGCGCAGUGGGCUUUUUGGUUGCAGCAAAUUAUCGUCCUCAACAUCGAGGAGCGUCGCAAGGAUCACUGGCAAAUGUUUAGCCACCACAUUAUCACCACGGUCCUCAUCUCCUCCUGUUACUUCUACCAUCAUACUCGUGUUGGUAACGUCAUUUUGGUCAUCAUGGAUGUGGUGGACUUGUUCCUGCCGGCUGCCAAGUGUCUAAAGUAUGCGGGGUACACAACUCUUUGCGACAUCAUGUUCGGCGUCUUCAUGCUCUCAUGGCUUAUGGCCCGCCACUUUGUCUAUGUCAUGGUUUGUUGGUCAGUCUACGCCCAUACUCCCGAGAUUAUGCCCUCGGGCUGUUUCCGCGGCAGCAACGACCACCUAAUUGGACCCGAGGACCCGCCUGCCGGUCUUUCGUGGCUCAUUGAGCCAUUCCUCAGCUCUACCGGACGAGUUUGCUACAAUGAAACUGUCAAGUGGUCAUUCCUGACCCCCUUGCUCGCUCUGCAGGGCAUCACCAUCUUCUGGUUCACCAUGAUUGUCCGCGUAGCCAUGAAGGUGCUUCGUGGUGACGGAGCAGAAGAUUCUCGGAGUGAUGACGAGGCUGUCGAAGACGAGGAUGAAUACGUCUAUGAAGAGGCAGAGCCUCUCGAGGAGGAAGUCGACGCCGAUGAGAUCGAUCUUCGAAGCUGGGAACGAAGAACUGGCGUUAAGCGACAGGCCAGCAGCUCCGGUGUCAGCCUCCCGGGGCAUAGCGAUCGUAAGGAAUUACUGGGACGUAUUGGCUGUGAGAAGCAAGUUGAUUAA